AUGGGUUCUGACGAGUUGUGCCGUUGGCUCGAGGAUGCGAUCGCCGACUCCUCCCAGGCCGUGGUGACUGACAAGAACCGCCACUUCUCCCCGGGGGACUUCGUCCUAUUCUUGGAACCCGGGGCCUUCCUUCCCCGCGACGCCCCCCAACAAUGGGUCUCGCUCUUCGCACAGGUCGGUCCCGAGACCGAGGUCGACAACCAACUCGGUUACAAGGUCGAAACUUCGGAGUGGCACGACCAGGCGGGCAACAAGAUCAUCUCGGAGGGCUACGUUUUCCACCUCUCCCAGUUCCCCCACAUUGACGCCCAAGUGCGGCACGCGCAUUACGAGCUCAAUAAAAAGUCCGACGAGCUUUUUUUCAAGCAUCUCCGUAGCCUCGAAUUCUCCGCCAGCCUAGGCAUCAAGAAGUGGGACAGCUCCCGCACAGAAAUCCAGCCGCCGAACCAGAUGGAAGAGGCCGAGGAAAAUGACGAGGCCGCUCGGGCGAAACGUCAGCGACUUAAGGAGAAGCAAAAGAUGUGCAUCGAACCUGACUCAGAGGCCAGGCCCGAGGGAGAGACCAGCAAGGCCAGGCCAAUCGAGUCACUUAAGGAGAGGGAAGAGUGGAUUGACAAAAUCUACAAGUCGAGCAAGUCGAUGGAGGAGAUGAGAGAUAAGCUUUUGGGCCUGCAAGUGGGGGAGGAUGAGAGUGAGGAGGACAACAGCGGUCAAGACGAGGAGGCUGAGAGACUGGGGAUCGGCAGCAAGGAGAACAGCUGCGGUCUGGGCGAGGAGACCGAUAACGAGGAAGUCGACAGCGAGGAAGGCGAGGAGACCGAGAGUGAGGAGACCGAGACCGAGAAUGCGAGGGCCAAUGGUGAGGAGGACAGUGGUGGUCAGACUAAAUACAAGGUCGUUGGAUUUCACCCUCAACUCCGUGGAGGCGAGAUUUACUCAACCCCCAUAUGGGACGCUUCAAGUUGGUAA